AUGUGCCCAGCGAUUCAGGAAGAAAGUGCAGAGCAAGUGAACAUGGUUGGUCACGCGCCUGCGCCAAAAUGGCCCUAUGACCCGUACUCGAAUACGUACAAUCCCGGCUGGAAGGACCACCCGAAUUUCAAUUAUGGAAGAAAUAGACAGCCCAACUUUGCACCGAACAUGCAGUCUAAUUUCGUGCCAAAUAAGCAACCAGGGUACCAGCAACAAUAUCAACCCCGACCACCUCCGCCCCCAAGCUCUGGUCCAUCUUUGGAGGAGAUGAUGAAACAACUUAUGGCAACCAUCACGCAAAAUCAGCAAAGGACGGACUCCGAAAUACAGGACAUAAGAAAUCAGAUGAGUCAAAUGGCCACAAAAAUCAACCGUUUGGAGUCCCAAGUAAAUGGAAGAUUGCCAUCCCAACCUGAACUGAACCUGAAGAACGUAAGUGCAAUGACUUUAAGGAGCGGGAAGGAAAUUCAGGGGUCCGAACUUGUGACUCCAAAGGAUAAUGACGAAGAAAAGAUUGAGAAAGAACUUCAGGCAGAGAAUACAAGCACCAAAAAUCCAAUGGUACUCCCUGACCCGAUCAUAGACAUUAAAACUAAUCCCCCUCCAUUUCUUUGUAGGUUGGAAAAGUCGAAGAAACAGGACAAUGAGAAAAAGAUCCUGGAGGUGUUUCGCAAGGUAGAGAUCAAUAUUCCCUUACUAGACGCCAUCAAGCAAGUGCCGAAGUAUGCAAAAUUUUUGAGGGACCUAUGUGUCAAUCGAAGGAGGUUGAGGGGAGAUGAAAGAGUUAUUCUUGGGGAGAAUGUGUCAACAAUUCUCCAAAGAAAGCUCCCACCAAAGUGUGGGGAUCCAGAUAGAUUUACUGUCCCACGUAAGAUAGGUAAUACUCUGAUUAGCAAUACCCUGCUGGACUUAGUAGCAUCGAUCAACGUAAUGCCUAAAUCUAUGUAUGCUUCUCUGAACCUCGGUCCAUUAAAAGAAACCGAAAUAAUAAUUCAAUUAGUUAACCGAACAAAUGCAUACCCUGAUGGGUUGUUAGAGGAUGUGCUGGUUAAAGUUAAUAAUUGA